AUGGACAAAUGUGUUGAUGAAGUGAAAUUAAGAAAAGUGACUAAAUCAAUUUCCCGACAAAGAUUAUGCUUAGUCACAGAGGUGCGUGGAAUUUAUUCCUCCUCCUACUACACCCCUUGUCCCCAACUACCAAUGUGGUUAAAGAAAAGACGCGACUUUAACGCCACAUUAAGAAAAAAAAUAUUUAUAUUUUCAAUUGUGCGUCCCCCGGAGAUAGGUUGUAAACAUGAAGGAACAGAUGAACUUGAAAGAACGUUUCGCAAGGAAGUAGAUGAUCUCAAGCAAGCAUUUCAAGUGUUCAGGGUUUUCCUUUUGUUUCUACUGCUUCAAAAUCUGACUUUUAUCGAGUCAAGAAAUAAAUGUCUGUUGCACAUACGUCUAAAAGACCAGCCAGUGUACUGGUAUGCGUAUCAUAAAUCAUUACCCAUCCUCGCUAAAGAUUACAAAACAGUAUGGAGUAUCGAGACUCCUUCUUUACCCUUUGUUAACGGUUCAUUGAGUAUCAAAGUUGACCAAAGUUUAGACAAAGACACGAUUGGACAAUAUUUUUGCAUAGAGGAUCGUGAUGAUGUCCAUCUGUGUGCUCCCAACCAAGAUAGUGCUUGGCCUCGAUCUUUCAAAAUUGAGAAUCAAAAUGGUGUCUUCUUUCAGUUAAAAACCUUGGUUUCUGGUUUGCAUAACAAUCGGGUACGUAAGGCGAAUGCCCAUGACAAUUCUGGAGGACAGUACCAUUUCGAACUUGCUGAAAAGACUGCAACAACGGGACUUGUGUGGAAAGCAGAAAUCGUCGAAGGAUGUUAUGGUAUUUUUAGACCGCAAACCACAACUGUUUCACCACCAACGACAAUGACAACAUCAACUACAACAUCAGCUACAACAACAACAAUACCGACGACGAUGGCGAUGACAACGACCACGACGCCUUCAAUAACAACAACAACAACGCCAAAAACUACAACGCCAAAAACUGCAAAGCUGACCGAAACUUCUAGGAAAGCCACAACAGCGUAUAUAACAACGACCGAGAUGAUUUACUGCUUGAAUGACCAACCUAUGUCGAAGGAUAAUUUCCAAUGUUUUAAGCCAGACAAUGUCACUGAAGUUCAAAACAUUAUUGAGGAAAAAAUACUUGAAAUGGACGACAAUCAUGAUAAUGGUAGCACACCGAUAAAAAAUGUACGUCAACCGACAGUUGAACAUACUAAACAAAUUUUUAAAUUGGCUGUCAAAGUUGAACAAGUCGGAAUAUUAGCAGCGGAGCAACUAAAAGAAAACAAAACAAUUUCAGUAAAAAACGAGGAAAUAGAUAUGACGAUUCGUAAACAACAUCUACCAUUUUCAUUCCCGAAGAAUUCAAGCAGUAAAAUUAUCGUAAAAGGAGGGCCAGGUCUGGUUGGUGUUGUUGGUAUUGUUUAUGAGAAGCUCCAUGAAGACAUUUCAAAUAAAAUUAUUUUACAUGAAGACAAUGAUGACGACGACAAUAAUAAUGUUGAGAAGAAUGUCUUCUAUAAAAUCAAUAGUAAAGUAAUCACAUCGGCUGUUAGCAAUCCAUCCUCAGUUAGGAGCGUGAAAGUCAUCUUGGAACAUCUGAAAGAGAUACAAGUACCUGAUUCAACCUGUGCAUUCUGGAACACUACAAGGAAUGCUUGGGGUAUAGAUGGAUGCACAAAGGUCGAUGCAGAAUCAACAUUAACAUUCACAGUUUGUGAAUGUUCACAUUUAACGAAUUUUGCAAUCUUGAUGAAGUUCAGAGAGUUUCAUGUGACAGAAGUCCAUCAAAAUGCUUUGAACAAAUUAUCACUUAUUUGUUCUUGCGUUUCCAUUUGUUUUCUGUUUAUUGGUAUACUGCUUUUAACCUUCUUGCUAUGUGGUGGAAAGAGACAUACCCGCCACAUUAUACAUAUAAAUCUGAUGAUAUCAUUGUUCAUUGCGCAGUUGAUAUUUGUCACUGGUGUGGGCGCUGUUGAGAAUAAGGCGGUGUGUCAGAGUGUGGCGUAUCUUCUGCACUAUUUUUAUCUUGCAAGUUUUUGUUGGAUGUUAGUUGAAGGCUUGUAUUUGUACUUCGCAGUGAUUAAAGUAUUCAGCGAUGGCAAAAUCUACUUGCGCUGGUAUUUUUUGUUUGCAUGGGGAUUCCCAGCACUCGUUGUCAUAGUGACUGGUGCUACUAGCCAUAAGUGGUAUGGAACAGAAGAAUAUUGUUGGCUUUCUGCUGAGGGAUAUUCAGUAUGGGCGUUCAUUGUUCCCGUACUGUGCGUUGUAAUGAUAAACAUGGUCAUUUUAGUCCUGAUUAUAAACCAAAUUGUGGUGCUUGCGAACAGUAGUGGUGUCGUGGAUGAUGUAAAGACGGGGUUGCGUUCCUCUCUCAUUCUGCUCCCAAUCCUCGGUGUGACGUGGGUGUUUGGUAUUCUCAGCUUCAACACAGAGACAAUUGCGUUCCAGUAUAUUUUUAACAUAACAAACUCUUUGCAGGGCUUCAUGCUCACACUGUUUCAUUGUUUUUUGAACUCUGAGGUUCGAAAAGCGUUGAAAAGAAAAACUGAAAUCUGGAGUCAUACAACUUCAUUUGGAAAACAUCUUGCCAGUAUGAACGUGACUCGACAUUCCAAAUACGACACAACUUUGUCGACUUCGGGUCCUUUGAUUCACGCGACGUAUACGCAACGGUUGACAGAUUUCAAUUGUAAUGCUAAUUCGAAUACCUCCGAACACCCCGAGCGUAACGUGGAAUAUAUUUCAAAUGCGUAAAUAAAAUUUAGUUACUAAUUAAAUAAUUUAAUUGCGAACGAAAAUACGUCAGUAUGAGAAAUAGCAAGAAAGAGAUCGUGCAAUGCAAGAACACGAUGGAAAACGAUGCUUUAAAUAAUGAAUUUUAAACUAAAACAGUGGCGGUGAAAAAAGAGAAACGAACAGGUAGAAUUGUAAGAGUGUAAUGAAAAUAUGUAAAUAAAAUUCAUUUUUAUGUUCAUAUAAUUUUAAGUGUA